AUGACCUAGAGAAUAACCUGGGGCUCUGGGGAAGGAUCUGCUCACCCGCCGAAGAUCUUAAGCUCUCUCUCUAACCGUGGUCAGUGCCACCUUACCAACAGCAUCGUAUGUAAAUCAGAUGUUGCACCGAAGCACCGAAAAGUUGGGCAGAUUGGGAACAUAGUCCUUUCCACAUGCCCCUAUUGUGGGUUAGUGAGACAGUCUUCAUCCUGUCGAGGACCUGCCGACGACCCCAGCUUCCCCACUGAGAUCCCUGAUGAGAUGGCUGGUGAUCGGUAUAACAUUAUCCGAAGAAUCUAAAAUCCCUGAUCAUUGGCAGGAUUAUCCACCAAAGAUCUUUGGGAAUUUGAUACCACCAAUUAUGUGUAAUGUUGACGCCCACACAUCGUCUAUUGGCGAAAUCUUGGCAAAUGUGAAGCAAUAUGCUACUCACUGCUCAAUAACACGAUGGUGGCAGAGAUAGAAGAGUUGUAGGCCAGUUCCUCUACCAAAUGCCUGCACAAGCGUACGGAUUCAAAUCUAACGACAUCCAUGACAAGAUAAAGCUUUUGAUCGAUGGCUUGGUCAAUAUCAAAGACAAGUCAGGAGAAUUCCUGAUGACGCUAGCAGACGGCCGCGUCAUUGAUACGAAGGGAUGGAAUGACUGGGAAUGGACACACGGCAUCGGGUUAAAUGGCAUCUGGGCGUAUUAUUCCCUUACAGGAGAUGAAAAGUACUUGAAAAUAAUCGAGGAUUGGUUCAAAAGUCGGGUUGACGCAGGAGGUACAACGAAGAAUAUCAACACAAUGGCAGUGUUUCUGACAUUGGCCUACGUGUAUGAGAAGACGGGUAACAUCACCUACUUGCCCUGGCUAGACAGCUGGGCAGAAUGGGCAUAUCAUGACCUAGAACGCACCAAAUACGGCGGUAUGCAACACAUCACUUAUCUCGAGGAGAAUGACCAGCAGUUAUGGGAUGAUACCCUCAUGAUGACCGUCAUGCCGCUAGCCAAGAUUGGCAAGCUCCUCAAUAGGCCGCACUACGUCGAGGAGGCGAAGCGACAGUUCCUGAUUCACAUCAAGUAUCUAUUUGACGUGAAGACUGGCCUCUUUUUCCACGGUUGGACGUUCCACGAAGGUGGCCAUAACUUUGCGGACGCAAGAUGGGCACGAGGUAAUGCCUGGCUGACGAUCGUGAUCCCAGACUUUCUCGAAUUGCUGGACUUACCGUCAAAUGACCCUAUCCGCAUACAUCUCAUCGACACGUUAAACGCUCAAUGCGAGGCACUGAAGAAUCUGCAGACAAAGACUGGCCUGUGGCGCACGCUUCUGGAUCAUCCUGAGGAGGAGGGUUCCUAUGUUGAAGCGAGCGCGACAGCGGGUUUUGCUUUUGGGAUUCUGAAGGCGCAACGGAAGAAGUACAUUGGAAAAGAAUACGAGAAGAUAGCGCUGAAGGCCAUACAAGGUGUCUUGAGUAACAUUGACCAGGAUGGUGAACUAUUGAAGACGUCUUUCGGUACGGGGAUGGGCCAUGAUUUGCAGCAUUACAAGGACAUUCCAAUCACAAGCAUGCCGUAUGGGCAAGCAAUGGCUAUAAUGGCUUUGGUCGAGUUCUUACGGGUAUUCAUAUGAUGGCAGACACUGAUUUGAGCGCAUCGCUGGUUUCAUCGACGCCACAAUAUCCCGAUCUGACAAGUCGCCUGCCGGAAUAUCAGAAGGGCUCUCUUACCAUUAAGAGCUGGUCGAGUCGAAAGUCUGAUUGGCCUGAUACGAAUGUGCUAGUUUUCUCAUAUUCAGCCCUCACCCUCUAAGAUUGCAGACGGUCGAACGGGAUUAGAUAUAUCACCACAGUCCCCAAUCGAGGCAUCCUAUAAUAUUAGACUCAAAGGUCGUCAAAACUGCAUCGUUUGUGACCUGGUAUAUUGGCAGGGCUUAGACAACCUUAGCCGGUCCUCGGCACGCGAUCCCCAACCCCACGAUUGAGAGAUCAAUUAAGUAAUCAUCUUGAU